ACAUGAUAACGGUCUACGGACUAUGAAGUGACGGACGUCGGGGUCGAGAAUUUCGUUUUUCGAGUUAAGAACAUUUCAUUUAUACGUGCUUACAGGUAAUAAUGACGAGGAAAAAAAAUUCAUAACGAUUAAGUAGGUACUUAAUUAUCAUUAAUUUAUCGUUUCACUAUUACUCUUAUUGUCGACCCCGCCGUCCGAACGCCGGUCGAGUGUGAAGUGCAAGUCGUGUCCGUUGUAUCUACGAUUUCGUAUUUUUUAUUUCGUUCGCAAACAACAGAAUAAUGUGCCCGACAUGCUGCCCGUGUGCGUAGAUCGAGCGUGCGCGCGUCCGCUCCUCCGAAUUACCCGACCGACUUAAUCGCUGCACGUGCACUACACCGAGUGAGGCGAUGUUACGACGUUGUUGAGAUCGCUACAUCGUCGUCCAACACCGUGGAAUUUGACAACGGAAUUUUGACAGAAGAAAUUACUUCUCAUAUUCAUUUAACUGAUUCGCUCUUCAAUCAGAUAAAAAUGGACUCCGAAUCAAAUGAAGUUGAGUUGAAAAGUGUCGUUUCAGAUACAAAACGCACCCGGUUUCAAGUAAAAUUGGUGGAUUCUGAAACCCCUCAAAGGACAAGAUUAGAUAGUGCAUCAUCGGAUGAUAACAAAUAUAAAAGUUUUCGGCAACUGACUCGUGAAGCAUUACCAAGAUUAGAUAAUUAUAGAAAUAUUAUGUCAGUGCAUGUUGCAUGCAGACCUACUCUGGAUGAACUACAUAAUUGUGAUUUGGCUGAAAAAAAUAUGGAAGCUCAAGAAAAUGAACCUAGUAGACCAACAAAAAAGAAACAUGAACAAGGGUGGAUUAAAGGAGUUCUUAUCCGUAACCUGGUACAAAUAUGGGGCCUCAUGUUAUUUUUAAGAGUAGCAUGGGUUGUUUGUACUACUGGUUUAUUUUCAGGAAUUGUUAUAAUAUUGUUUGGUGGUGCUAUCACAACUAUAACGGCCUUAUCUAUGUCAGCAAUCAGUACAAAUGGUGUAUUGAAAGAAGGCGGUACUUACUUUAUGAUAUCUCGUUCUCUUGGGCCAGAAUUUGGUGCUUGUAUUGGUGUAAUCUAUUCUAUAGCGUUGUCUGCUGCAUGUGCAAUGCAUACAGUAGGCUUUUGUGAAAUGGUGCAGAUUCUAAUGAAUUCAUUUAAUUUAUCUAUAUUGGAUGGUGAGGUACAAGAUAUGAGACUUCUUGGAAUCUGUUUAACAGCUGCAUUGCUAUGUGCAACAUUAGGUGGCAUUCGGUCACGAAUUCAGGUACACGCAGCAGUUCUAGUACUUAUGAUUGUAGCCAUUCUAGAUGUAAUUAUAGGAGCUAUUUAUGGACCAAAGAGUAAAACUGAAAGAGAUGGAGGUUUCAUUGGUUUUAGCUGGGAUGCAAUCAACAAUAAUAUAUUUAAGAAUGAAACUUUUGAUGAUUGGUGUAAAAGUUUUUGGUAUGGGUUUAGUAUAUUUUUUCCUGCAGUAUCUGGAUUUUUAGCAGGAACAAAUAAAUCAGGCGAAUUAAAGGAUUCAUUAAGAGCUAUACCAAGAGGUUCCUUAACAUCUAUUUUUAUUUCUUCUUCUGUUUACAUUGGUAUAGCAAUUUUGGUUGGUUCAACAUUUAUAGAUCAAGAUCCACAUUAUAAGUCCAAUUUUGAUGAUCAUAAACAUUAUGCAGUCAAUCGGACUAUUGGACUUAUAGCAUUUUUUAGCCCAUUAGUAUACGCAUGUAUCUUGGCCUCAACAUUAACAGCCUCAUUUUCUUCAUUUUUAGCUGCUCCAAAAGUAUUUCAAAUGUUAUGCAAUGAUAGAAUUUACAAUAAUCUUUCAUGGUUUGGAUUUAGUAAUAAAUCAGGAGAGCCAAUAAGAGCUGAUAUUUUGACUACUAUAAUUGUUUUGCUGUUUAUACUUCCUGGUGACUUGAAUGCAAUAUUACCUUCAAUAUCAAAUAUAUUUCUUAGUGUUUAUGCAUUAAUAAAUUUUAGUACAUUUCAUGCAUCUUUAGUUAAGCCUAUUGGAUGGCGUCCUACUUUUAAGUUGUAUAAUAUGUGGUUAAGUUUAGGAGGUUCAAUGCUAUGUGUAGUGUUGAUGUUCGUUAUUAGCUGGGGAACAGCUCUAGUAACGUUAGCAGCCAUAUUAGCAUUGUACUUAAUAGUAUCAUAUCAAAAACCAGAUGUCAAUUGGGGUACAAGUACCCAAGCUCAAACAUACAAACAAGCCCUAAUGGCUGUUCACAAUCUUAUCAGGGUCGAAGAUCAUGUCAAAAAUUUUAGACCUCAACUGCUUGUCCUUACUGGAAUGACAUCUGCUAGACCAUCAUUAAUUGAUUUUGCACAUCUCAUUACAAAAAAUUUGUCAUUACUUGUUUGUGGAAAUAUUAUCAAAGCUCCAUCUUCACAAAAGUUACUUGAAGUUUAUUCAAAACGUGCCAUAAAUUGGUUAUGUUACCACAAAAUCAAAGGAUUUUAUGUUCAAAUAGAUGGUACUAAUUUUGAUGAUGGCGCAAAAAGUUUAAUGCAAACAGUUGGAUUAGGCAAAUUGAAACCAAAUAUUGUUAUGUUAGGUUAUAAAAGCAAUUGGUUCAAAUGUAGUUCUCAAGAUUUAAAUAUGUACUUUAAUGUUUUACAUAAAGCUUUAGAUAUUCAUAUGGCUGUAUGUAUAUUGCGUGUCAAAUCUGGUCUAAAUUUUUCAAACUCAGUUCUCAUUGAUGAAAUGCAACUUGAUAUGAUGGUAAAUCGUAAAGCAUCAUAUCUAUCGGAAGAACCAUUUUUGCAUAGUAGAUCACAGUCAAUGUCUACAGUUACUGAUAAAAAUGAUAGUGAUGAAGAAAAUGAAUUAUUAAACAAAGAACCAUCAUCUCCAUUUAAUAAACAGUCUACUGAUGAUAAAGUUGAUCAAACAAAAUUAAAUAAAAAUCAAAAAGUGAAUAUUGUCAAAGGAACUGAUGGUUAUGAUUUACCCAAAGACACUAUGAAUGAGAUCACCCGGUUUCAACGUAAACAAAAGAAAGGUUCCAUUGAUGUUUGGUGGUUAUAUGAUGAUGGAGGCCUUACAUUACUUUUACCGUAUAUCUUAAGUACAAGAGGUAAUUGGUCGUCUUGUAAAUUGAGAGUAUUUACAAUUGCUAAUAAAAAGGAUCAAUUGGAAUUUGAACAAAGAAGUAUUGCUAGUUUGUUAGCCAAAUUUCGUAUUGAUUAUUCAGACUUGUUAGUAAUAACAGACCUUAUGAGGAAACCACAUGAAGAAACAUUGGCUUUUUAUGAUGCAUUGAUUAAAAGUUAUAAGCCUAAAGGACCAAAUAGUGAAAAUGAUGGUAUAAAAGAGUCAGAGUUAACAGCAAUGAAAGAAAAAACAAACCGUCAUCUUCGGUUAAGAGAGCUACUUUUAGAAAAUUCACAAGAAGCUAAUUUAAUUGUAAUGACUUUACCAAUGCCUAGAAAAAACGUAGUACCAGCCUCUUUGUAUAUGUCCUGGCUAGAGACAUUGACACAAGGUAUGCCUCCAUUUCUUUUAGUGCGGGGCAACCAAAACUCUGUACUUACAUUUUAUUCCUAAGCAUCUUUCGCUCAAGUACUGUUCCUCUAUUAAAUACCGGUAAAGUGAUGUUAAGUAAUAAUAUUUAAGUAAAUUAAAAAACAACAAUUUAAUAUGACUCAUUGCCACAAUCACGUUUUACUAUAUUUUUUAUCAGAAAAAAUAUUUUUUUUUUUUUACUAAUUUCUUAUAUUUUUAUUUCUUUAAGUUCUUCUUUGUAUACAAUUUUUAUAAUUCAUUAAUUUAUUUCAUCAAUUUUAUAAUAUUAUAAAGUUGUAAUUUAUGAUAUCAAAAACACAGGUACUUACUAUAAAUUAAACACAUUUUGCACAAUUAAUUUUUAUUUUUAAAAGAAUCUCAUUUAAAUGUUAUACACAUAUAUUUGUAUGUAUAAAAAUUGUUAUUUAUAAUAUUAAAUUUAAUUGACGUACUUCAAUCAUUUUAAGUUAUUAAUGCAUAGUAAUUAUUUUUGGUUUUCUGAUGUAUAAUUUAUAAUAUAUUUUAUAUUAUAAUAAUUUAUACUUUCAUAAUUCAUAAUUUAUGAAAUAAUGAUAAAACUUAAUAACAUUAAUUUUAGUAAACAUAUCAAUCAUUAAAUUUCAUCUUUAUUUUAAAUGGAACAUCUGCCUACUGAAAUUUAUAUUUAUUAUUACUUUUGAUAUUUUCUUCUAAAAUUACCAUGUUUCUUAAUUUAAAUUUGUUCAUAGAUUUAAUAAAAAAUUUAGUCAUCACAAAAACAGUCAACUUUUAUUAUAAUCAAAUCUGAAUUUAUAAUUUUUGUGUGUGAGGAUCUUUUACUUUCUUAAAUGAAGAAUGGUUGAUAUUUACUCGCAAAAAAUCAUUAUUUGAAAAUUUAAAUAUUCAAAAACAGAUAUUUUUACUAUGCAUUUUUACUGGAGUUUUUAUAAUUUUUUUUUUUUUAUAUAAAACAUAAAUAUACAACAUAACUAAAUGUGUUUAGUCUUCAUCUAUAUAUGCAUAAUGUUUAAACGUUUUUAAAAUUUACUCACCAUAAAAUCUCCGAUGAACUAAUGUAAAUAAAUUUUAAUGUUAUAACUAAUCAAUGUCUAAUAUAAUAAUUAAUUGGCCAUAAUUUUGUAUUAUUAUUUAUUUAUUUUUGAACAUGUCCAAGGCCAUGCUAAUAUGGUUGUCUGUAUUAUCUAAUUGAAUGAAAACAUAUUUUACUGUCAGUUAUUAUUGUAUUACUGAGUUUUAAAAUUGUUUAGACAUCGGAUGUAUUCUAGUCAUACUACGGAAACAGAAUUUUACCUACUUUGUCAAUUUACUAGCAUUACACAUUUUAUGAACCUGUAUAGAAAUUUACAGAGUAAUUUAAAACAUAAUAUUAUAAUAUGUAUAAUAAAACUUAUUAAUAUUAUUAGAAUUGAGAUGUCUGUGAUUAAUCCACAAAUGAAUUCAGUUUAUAUAAUUUUUUGGUUAUUUCAUUGUGGCCUUUACCAUUGUUAUGCUCAAUUUGUGCUCAAAAAAAUCAUUUAAAUAUAUUUGAGAACAUAAUGUAUUGUGCUAAUAAAAUUUAUAUAUUUUAGUAGAAAUAUAUUUUUAUAAAACGUAAUGUAAGUAAACUUUACAUAAUUAUUAUCUAAGUUAUAAUCCAGCAAUAAAAAAAGACUUAUUUUAGAAAUA